UAUCAUCCUGGACUCUGGCGCAUAAACAAAGUGAGGGAAACAUACGGUACAUCCAGGAGACACCGUUCUGCCUCAGAGUUGGCCACUUGACCCCCUACUUCAUGUCAGAUUACAACACAACCGACUUCACCAACCCCUCCACCUUCAUCCUGCUGGGCAUUCCUGGCCUGGAGGUGGCUCAUGUUUGGAUCUCCAUCCCCUUCUGCAUCAUGUACAUCAUAGCCAUCUUGGGGAACUUCAGCAUUCUCUUCAUAGUGAAGACGGAGCAGAGCCUCCAUGAGCCCAAGUACUAUUUCCUCUGCAUGCUGGCUGUCACUGACCUGGUCCUGUCCACAUCCAUCCUGCCCAAAUCUCUGAGCAUCUUCUGGUUCAAUUCCAGGGAGAUCAAUUUCAGUGCCUGCCUCACCCAGAUGUACUUCCUUCACUGCUUCUUAGUAACAGAGUCUGGGAUAUUUGUGGCCAUGGCUUUUGAUCGCUACGUGGCCAUCUGUGAUCCCCUGAGACAUUCCACCAUCCUGACAAACCCCAUGGUUGCCAAGAUUGGGCUGGGCGUGGCGCUGCGUGGUGGCAUGCUCGUACUCCCCUUUAUUCUAGUGGCAAGGCGGUGGCCAUAUUGCAGAACCAACAUCAUUCCCCACUCAUACUGCGAGCACAUGGCUGUGGUGAAGCUGGCCUGUGCCGAAAUCCAUGUCAGUAAUUACUACAGCCUCUGUGUGCUAUUCUGUGUGACGGGUCUGGAUCUGAUUUUUAUUGCUGUGUCCUAUACCCAGAUCCUCAGGGCCAUCUUCAACCUCCCCACAAAGGAUGCCCGGCUGAAGACUUCUGGGACCUGCGGCUCCCAUCUCUGUGCCAUCUUAGCCUUCUACUUCCCGUGUCUCUUCUCUGCCCUCACGUACCGCUUUGGAAAGAAUAUGGCCCUGCAUUUCCGCGUUCUCAUUGCCAGCAUUUACCUUCUGAUGCCCCCCAUGCUAAACCCCAUUAUCUAUGGGGUAAGGACCAAACAGAUCCGGGACAGGCUGCUUCGGCUCUUUACUCAUAAAGGGACCUAA